GAACAGUACGCGUACAUGCUCGAAUUGAAACGCACCUUUGAUGCCAAGGGACACUGUCUGCUAGAAAUGCCCUCAGGGACGGGAAAAACCACAACACUGUUGUCUUUAAUAGUUGCCUAUAUUAUGGAGUACCCACAUGUUGUACGCAAGUUGAUCUACUGUUCGCGUACCGUCCCUGAGAUCGAAAAGGUAAUAGCCGAGUUGAAGCAUCUUAUGAAUUACUAUGAAAAGCAGACAGGUGUUAUGCCUAAUAUCACAGGAUUGGUACUCAGUUCGCGCAAGAACAUGUGCAUUCAUCCUGAGGUAAGCCGUGAACGAGAAGGCAAGAUCGUCGAUGCUCGAUGUUACGGUAUGACGGCCAGUUACGUGCGUGAAAGAGCGGCUCACGACGAAACGGCUCCAGUGUGCCAGUAUUAUGAGGGGUUUCAAGCGGAGGGGAAAGAAAGUUUACUCCCUCCUGGAGUGUACUCGAUCGACGAUCUGAAGGAAUAUGGACGUGAGCGCAAUUGGUGUCCGUAUUUUUUGUCCCGCUUUGCAAUUAAUCAGGCGCACGUGGUCGUGUACAGCUACUACUAUCUUCUCGAUCCGAAGGUAGCCGAGGUAGUAUCAAAAGAACUGACUCGUGAAUCAGUCGUCGUAUGCGAUGAAGCGCAUAACAUCGAUAACGUAUGUGUCGAUUCAAUGAGUGUUAAAAUAAACCGACGUUUGAUUGAGCGUAGUACAACCGGCAUCCACAAUCUAGAGAAACAAGUGGCAGAAUUGAAAGAAGAUGAUAAACGACGUCUAAAUGAAGAGUAUGUUCGCCUAGUGCAAGGAUUGAAAGAUGCCUCGUUUGCACGUGAAACAGAUAUGGUUCUGGCAAACCCAGUGUUACCGAAUGAAAUUCUAAGAGAAGUGGUUCCGGGAAACAUUCGCAACGCAGAUCAUUUUCUAAGUUUUCUCAAGCGUUUUAUUGAAUAUAUCAAAUCACGUUUACGCGUGCAGCAUGUAGUACAGGAAAGCCCGGCCGGGUUUCUUCGAGAUGUACAACAGAAAGUUUGCAUCGAGCGUAAACCGCUGCGUUUUUGCGCUGAUAGGUUACAGUCGCUGUUGCGUACGCUUGAAAUCACGGAUCUCAGUGAAUACGGUCCGCUGUCGGUGAUUACAUCUUUUGCGACGCUCGUGUCAACAUACACCAAGGGAUUUACGAUUAUCAUCGAACCGUUCGACGAUAAAACGCCAACCGUUUCCAACCCGAUUAUGCACUUCAGCUGCCUUGACUCGUCGAUUGCUAUGAAACCAAUUUUCCAACGAUUCCAGAGUGUCGUCAUCACUUCAGGUACACUUUCACCGAUGGAUAUGUACCCGAAGAUUCUUGAUUUCGAACCCGUAGUUAUGAGUUCAUUUACUAUGACACUUGCACGUCCUUGCUUAUUACCUAUGAUUGUUGCUCGUGGUAAUGAUCAAGUUGCUAUAUCAUCCCGUUUUGAAACGCGAGAGGAUACGGCUGUCACACGAAACUACGGCCAGCUGCUCGUGGAAACCGCCAAAACUGUGCCAGAUGGAAUCGUUUGCUUUUUUACUUCAUACCUCUAUUUGGAAUCCGUAGUCGCAUCUUGGUACGAUCAGGGUAUAAUUGAUACGCUAUUACGUUAUAAGCUGCUAUUCAUUGAAACUCAGGACAAUGCCGAAACUUCUUACGCACUUAUGAACUACGUGAAGGCGUGUGAAUGCGGGCGAGGCGCAGUGCUUUUGGCUGUCGCUCGUGGUAAAGUGUCAGAAGGAGUAGAUUUCGAUCAUCAUCUAGGUCGGGCCGUGUUGAUGUUUGGUAUUCCUUACGUCUACACACAAUCGCGCAUUUUGAAGGCACGCUUAGAUUAUUUGCGCGACCAGUUCCAAAUCCGGGAAAAUGACUUCCUCACUUUUGACGCACUGCGACACGCAGCACAGUGUGUUGGACGUGCCAUUCGCGGUAAAACCGACUACGGUAUCAUGAUCUUUGCCGACAAGCGCUUUUCGCGUCAGGAUAAAAGGGGAAAGUUGCCUAAGUGGAUCCAGGAGCAUCUGACCGAUAACCUGAGCAAUCUCAGCACAGAAGAAGCAAUGCAGCUCGCGAAGCGUUGGUUGCGACAAAUGGCUCAGCCGUUUACUCGUGAAGAUCAACUUGGCGUGUCGUUGCUUACAUUGGAACAGCUGCAGAACAUGGAACGGGAGAAACUCGAAAAACAGGCACAAGGCAAAUAG